AUGCCUCCCGCCCCGAAAGAGAUGCAGGCCGCCGCUAAGCCCUACGGUCGCCGUCAGAAGCCCACCACGACCCAAGCCGAUACCCUUGAUGAUGUUAAGAGUCGCGCCUGUAUGGCUGCCUCCGUGCCUCCGGGUGGCAAGCACCGGGAGUUGAAGCCACCGGCUUGGGCAUGGGAUGGCGCUCGAAUCGCUGAUAUUGCUGCCAAGCUCCGCUUUUCGGUCAACCCUCCGUUCAAGGUCAAGAAGGCAAGCAAGUACAGCACAACUACGAUGAAGACGUCGCUGGGAGUUGCCGUGAACGCCAACCUCUCGGAAGCUACCGAGAUCGUCUUCAGCUCCAACGAUCGAUUCGAAUUCUCCCCGCAGUCAUGUGCUCACUGUGCCACAGUCGGCAACGACUACUGCUUCAGCGCCCUCGGCUACCCGAGCACCAGCUGUCUGCUCUGCCUGGCCGACGGCGUGAGAUGCAGUAACAAGAAGAAGUCCGCCCGCCAGCGCCGUCGCGACGCCAUGCUCAAGCUCUCCGGUGCGGUGACCGACCGCGAGUGGGCGGCCAAGAUCUUCAAGGAGUACGAGAAUGCGGAGGAGGACGAGGACGAGGAGGAUUGA